AUCGAAUUAAAUACAAAUUAUAAGUCAUUAAUUAAUUGCGUCUUAACCAAACAGCUAGAAGCACUACGGUACAAAUUAUAAGUCAAGUCCAAGUGUACAUAUUUAAUUAUUUGACUCUCACAUUUCAGCCAAUCAUUGGAAGCCAAGUCAUCAUCCUCGUACCUCGUGGCCCAAUAAAAAAAGUGCGUCCCACAUUUAUUCCUCCGUGCACCCGACCACAGACAAUAACAGCCCCCAAUCCAAUAGUGAUUCACUACAAUAUGGCAAAUGAUACCACCCUUUCUCUCUCUAAAAUAUUUCCGCUUACUGUAUUUUUCUGCUUUCGCUGCUCUGCAAAAACACAGAGUACUUCUAUUCCGUUUUUUUUCCCUUUUGUUUCUAGCUAGGGCGGAAGGAGGGUUUACAAACAAAAAAAUAUAUUUUUUGAAAGCAAUUCUCCUUCAAUAGCGGCGGCGGAGGGUUUUUCCAUUUUCCGACGUCGGUUUUCCGACGAUUGUAACGGUAACUUGUACCUCCGAUUCCUUUUCUCUAUUCGCCGUUUUACAAUGUUGAUGGAGUUUUUGCGCUGAAGGUGUUUGUUUUUUUGUUAUUUUAUUUUAUUUUAUUUUAUUUUAUUUUCCCCCUUUUUUCUGAUUGUUUUGUUUAUUUCUUGAGGAACACGAUGGUUUUGAAUCGAUUUGUUUUGAGUUAUGUUGUGUUGAUUUUUGGUUAUAUUUUCGAUUCUAGUAUGCACUGUUCAAUCAUGCAUUGUGUGUGAUGCAUAAUGCUUAUUUUUAAUUAGGGCUAAGCUGAAAUUUAGCACACUGAUUAAACAGUAAGAAAAUGUUUAAUUUAUGUAUGUAUAUAUGUUUGUCCUUGGAGGUAUGAAGCAGAAAAAUAUGAAAUCAGAGAGUGGUUUCCAUUGUUGUUGUGUUGGAUGAUUGCAAGGUAAAGGAAUAGGAAAUCGAGGAGCCGUGGCGUAGAAUCUCGAUUUUUUUUUUCUUUUUAAAAAUUUGGUUGAUAAUGAUAUCCAUUUCAUAGUUUCAUAAUUUUCGACCUCUUUUUUUUGGUUUACGUUGAUUAUAUUUUCCUGUGCUGUCAUUGCCUCGUUGGAUUUGCUUUGCCCAUCUCUAUGUAUUCUGGAGUUGUUAAAUGGUGGCUUUGUGUUUUUAAAUAUUUUUUUUCCAAUGUUGAGAUGUUAUAUCCUUGAAGAUUUUCUUGGAUUAUGUAAGAUCGAUUUGGAAUUUAUUUUGGCUAGAGAUUGGGAGAAAUGUAUUUAUUCUGCGUUAAAUUUAAUUUCUAGCUUUUUUUCUUUUGUAAUGUGGCACUUUCCGCCUUCCAAGUCGGAACAAAUUCAUUGUUUUGUUAAUGUGUGCGCUCUGUGUUGUACAGUCUAUAUUGGUGAGGAAAAAAAACGAAUAGAAUUCUACUUUUUUUAUUUUGUGACUUGAGAGAGAAUUAUUAUCUGGAAUUGUGAAUAAAUGGUGAUACAAAUCCAUUAUUCUGCCAUGUUUAAGACUUUUUUGAGGGGUGCUGUGCUGUAUUCACUUUCUAAUACAGUGUUUUUCUUUGAAAGGCUUUCUUCAUCCAUGAUUAUCGUUGUUGCGUAUAUGUUCUUCAACUUUUCUAUUGUAAUCCUGUAAUUGUCUUUAAUCGUACGUCAAGUGUGUUUCUGUAAGGACUUAAGCCAGUAGCAUUGUAUAUAUAUGCUAUCUUGAAUUCCUUUGCAUCCGAUAAAUAUCGUUUUUGAUUGAUAAGAAUCCACUUACUGCUAAACUAGAUUCGAUUCAGUCGUAUAUCAUUUUCCAAUUGCCAUGAAUUAAUUACUGUACAUUUGUUUCGUGGGAUUUGUAUACAACUAGUAUGUAUUCCUGUUCACAGUUUUCUGUCUUUUUGUAGUCCUAUUCUUUAUUUUGUUCCUUUUUCUGUCUCUCAGGCAUAAAAAUAGUCUAUCUUGAAGUGCUUCAAAUAUGAAUCCAAGAGCUGCCAAAGCAUUAAGUGCAAUGGGGAAGCUGGGAAUUUCUCCAGAAACUGUAAGACCAGUCCUCAAGAAUUUGUUCAAGCUGUACAACAGAAACUGGGAACUUAUCGAGGAUGACAAUUACCGUACACUUGCUGAUGCCAUAUUUGAAGUUCAAGAGGAAAAGUUAACGGCUGAAAAAAAGGAAGUGAGAAUCAACGAGGGUAGUGGCGCUUCAUUCAAGAAACCACCUAGCGGAGGAGUUCCUGAAGAUCAGGUUUCUUCUACUACGAGUGGAGUUCAAAAAGGGUCAAGUGUAACAAGAAUAGUGGAAUCUUCUUCAGCCUCGGCAAAUCCCACAAAUGAGCCUCGUUGUUUUGCGACCGAUGAAGCACCGAGUGGGAGCAAACGAAAGAAACCAGUUCAAGAAAAUCGAUUUGCUGACGAGGGAAAUUCAUCUGCUCAACCAAAGAGACGUGCACUUCGUCUCGUCGACGAAUCUGAUGACAGUGAUGAGGGAAAUCGAAGAGCGAUUGUGCUGUGGGAAAAACAGCCUGAAGAGAAUUCGCCGAUAUUCGCAAUUCCUACUUCUCCUAUUCCUAAAGCUUCAGAAAAGGCGUCCUACAGAAAGAAUGACAUAACAAACGGCACAGAAAAAGUGAAGAUCUCCCUGGUCGGUCAAACUAGCAGUAACGAAGAUUUGCCACGUUUCAUCUACUCUCCAGAGAACACGAUUUACGAGUCUGCGUACCUACAUAUAUCACUAGCUCGUAUAGCAGACGAUGAUUGUUGCUCAGAUUGCAUCGGAGAUUGCGUUUCUUCGUCUAUACCAUGUGCAUGUGCUCGUGACACGGGUGGAGAGUUCGCGUAUACUCAAGAUGGGCUGCUAUGUGAAAAGUUCUUAGAUGCUUGUAUAUCUAUGAAAGUAUCAGAGGAAAAACAUUACAAGUUUUAUUGCCAAGAUUGCCCUUUCGAGAGGGCUAAAAGUGCCCACAUGCCAGAAAAAUGCAAAGGGCACCUCUCGAGAAAGUUUAUUAAGGAAUGCUGGAGAAAAUGUGGCUGCAAUAUGCAGUGCGCAAAUCGGGUUGUUCAGAGAGGAAUAACAAGAAAGCUGCAGGUCUUCUUGACAGGCAAUGAUAAAGGGUGGGGCCUACGAGCACUCGAGGAGUUGCCAAAAGGGGCGUUUGUAUGCGAAUACAUCGGAGAGAUUUUGACCAACAUUGAACUGUAUGAACGGAACCAGAAAAAUAUUGGGAGGGACAAACACGUGUAUCCAGUUCUACUCGAUGCAGAUUGGGCUACAGAAGGAGUGUUAAAAGACGAAGAAGCCCUCUGCUUGGACGCAACAUAUUUUGGAAAUGUUGCUAGAUUUAUCAAUCACAGGUGCUUUGAUGGCAAUUUGCUUGAUAUUCCGGUGCAGGUGGAGACUCCAGAUCGGCAUUAUUAUCACGUUGCUUUCUUCACUAAGAGGAAAGUGGAAGCUCUAGAAGAACUGACUUGGGAUUAUUUGAUUGAUUUUAAUGAUGAGAGCCAUCCGGUCGAAGCAUUUGAAUGCCGAUGUGGGAGCAAAUACUGCAGAGAUGUGAAAGGAAAGAGAAAGGUCUGAUCGUAAUUUGAGGUACGAAACGCAUAAAAUUUUAUCGAAGAACUCGAUUUGAUGGAAAAAAAGUUGAUGAAGGAUUUCAUAUAAAGGGGAUUAAGUUCAAAUUCAGAGUUAAAUAUUGAAACUUAUUGGAUGAAAUUGUUUGUUAUAAAUUUGAAUUUAUUAGAUUAAACUUUUCCCACAUAUAUAUAAGGCAGUCUUAUUUUGUUAUAAACAAUGAUUUUGAUUUUGAUUUUGAUUGUUCGUAUUUUGAAUU